ACGAAUUUUUCUGUCUUCCUUCAAUUGUAAUAGAAUCGAUUAUAACCUAUAACUGUAUUAUAUAGUCGCGGUAAAUGAAUUUCGUAUCAAUAAGAAGGUUUUCUUUUCAUCUACUUUAUAUUAAUCCUGCCUUAAAUAUAUUGUACAAAGAAAAGUAUUAUUGUAUGAGAAUUUUGUUAUGUUAAAGGUGCACAUGUUUUCACAGGCAUAUGUACAAGUAGGUGAUUGUUUUGUUUCUGGAGAAGCAUAAUUUUUAUUUCGAUAUUUUAGUAGUGAUUAUACUAAAUUUCUAAUUUAUUAUAGCUUCUAAUUCCUAUAAUUUGAGUAAAUAUUUUAAUAUUUUUUAGCAAUAUUAUCUUCUUGAUUCAUUGUCAUAUUUCAAAUAUAUAUAAAUGUUCUCAACUGAUAAUCAUAUUUUUUUUAUAAGAUAAAAUAACGUUUGUAGAAAGAGAAUCUUUUCUUAUCGGUGCAAAAUCCAAUGAUACGUUAUUAACCUAACAUUACGUCUAUAUAUACGGAUAUCUACUUCAGUGAGAAGGUCAUAUAAUAGGAGCAUGUGAUUAGAUAGUGUUUGCAGUUAUCAUCUUAUAGUUAUAACAUAUUUUCUCUUUCAGAAGUAAAUUAUUAUUUUAUAAAUUAUUAUAUUUUGCAAUUUACUAUGUUAAAAUAAUUUAGAAACUUGAAUCCAGUGUAUUUAAUUAUAACUUAUAUAGUAUAAUUUAUUUUACAAGCAAAAUAUAUAUUUUAACAAUAUGGCAACGUUAAAUGUAAAAAACUUAAAAAUUACAAAGAGACCAUUAUAUGUACCAAGUCUUCAUAAAAUAAAAAAUGUUUUAGAAGAAGGAUUAUGUACAAAUUUUGCAGAAGUCAAAGUAGAAGUUGUAGAUUGUCCAGAUUUAACGCAGAAACCAUUUUUACUUUCUGCUUCAGGAUUAAGUGGCAACCCUACUAUUCUUGAAUUUGGAGGUCCAUCUUAUCUAUUGCCUCUUGUUCAAAGGGAUAAGAUAUAUGAUAUUCAUCAGUUUUUAGAACACUUAAACUACUCUGAUAACGCUUUCGUUAUUGGUGCAGGUGCUGGGCCAUGGCCAUAUUUAAAUUGCAAUUGUGAAUUAAUGAUGAAUUUAGUUGUUUCAUCAUCUGAAAUAAAGAAUGAAACACGUAUUGCUUCAGUUGAUAAGUCAAGUGAAAAAUGUACACUUGAAACAUUAAAUGGAAAUGAAACUAGACUUGCACUAUUAGCAAAUCUUUUUUUAAGUGAAGGAAAAACAGGAUCCGUUUUAAAAGUGCAUGUUAAAAAGCGCAUUGGAGAGGAUGAUUUUAUAGCCUGUAUGCAAAAAGCACUUGCACACCAUUAUGAAAAUAAACUUGUUGGUAUUGGUGGAACAUUUUUAAUAAAUGAAGGAAAAGUAAAACAGCAUAUUAUGCAAGAUUUUUCUACUACACCAUUAAAUAAUGUACAGCAACUAAAUGAUUGGUUACGUUUUUAUAAUAUGUCAACUCCUCUUGUAGCUGUUGGAACAUUUGUGAGUUCAGAAACAGAUUUAGAUCUGAGAGUACAACAUUUUCACAGUUUCUCACAACAUGGUGAAGGAGGACAUUAUCAUAUUGAUACUACACCUGAGACUAUAGAAUAUUUGGGAUAUUUUAACCUAGGAAACAAUUUAUACCGUAUUGAUCAACCAGAGAAGAGUUUAAAAUUUGGAAAGGACUAACUUAUUAUAUCCAUAUAAACUAUUGGUUUGCCCAGUAAGAGUAAUAUCAGAAUAUUUAAUAAAAAAUAUUACUGCUUUCUAUUUAGUUAUAAAAUACGGAAAAUUUUAAUAUUAAUUAUUAAUCAAUCCUACAUUUACAUAGUUUUAUUGUGUGUGAAUGUGUGUGUGUGCGUGUGCGUGCGUGCGUGCGUGCGUGCGUGCAUAUGCACAGGUGAUAUAACUAUACUUAUUAACAAUAAUAUAUUUGAAAAAAGUACGUUUAAAAGAAUAGUCUAGAUACAUAUUAAAAAAUAGAUAUGUAUAAUAGCACAGAAAAUUAAUAAAAAUAUGUUCUAUUUA